CGCCGCGCCGAGCGGCGGCCCGCGGCGGCGCGAGCCGCACGGGCGCUUCCGAGCGAGGCGCCUCGGCGGCGGCGGCGGGGGCUGCGCAGGGCGAGGUCUUCGACCCGGCCCUCUUCGACACCUGCGUGGAGCUGUGGGCCGUGCGGCUCCCGGCCGCUGGCGUGGGCCGGCUGCUGCGCGCCCCAGAGUUCGAGCAGCUGGUCUACACGCCCAGGAAGAAGCAGAGGCGGAGGUCCGGGACAGGGGCGCGCCUGGUCCGGAACGUGGUGCAGGAGGGGCCCUCGCAGGAUGGCGGGGGGCCUGCCUCGGCGCUGCUGCUGCUGCGGCCGGGCCUGGGGCCCUCCGAGCUGCCGCCCGAGGCGGCCGCCCUCGUCGCGGAGGCCCGCGGCGAGCUGGUGCCCCACUCGCUGCGCCUGGGGUACGAGGGCGUGGGCUACCGAGACGCGCUGCGGCGCCUGCUGCCGGCAGGCGUGGCGCCGCCGUGCAGCUACGAGGUCGUGGGUCACGUCGCGCACUUCAACCUGCUGGACGAGCAGAUGCCGCACCGGCACGUGAUCGGCCAGGUGCUGCUGGACAAGGUCCGGAGCGUGGAGACCGUGGUCACCAAGGUCGGGCAGCUGUCGGGCGAGUUCCGGACGUUCGACAUGGAGGUCGUCGCGGGGCGGGAGGACACGCGCGUCUCCCUGCGGGAGAGCGGCCUGACUCUGGAGUUCGAUUUCCGGCUCCUGCCCUGCGUAUUGGAACACGCGCCUGGGCAGGGAGCGGCUCGUCGUGCUGGACCAGGUGGCGCCCGGGGACGUCGUGCACGACCUCUGCGCCGGCGUCGGGGCCCUUGCCCUGCUGUGUGCGCGGAAGGGCUGCCGCGUCUUCGCGAACGACCUGAACCCCGCCGCCGUGGCCGCCAUCCGGCACAACGCGAGCCUACGGAACGGGGUGGAGCUGGCGGGCGUCUCCUCGGCGGACGCCCAGGAGGUGCUCCAGGGGCUGCUCAGCGCGCCCGGGCCGCGCCGGCCCGGGGGCGCAGCGCCGCCAGCGCCGCGGGUGCACCUGGUGAUGAACCUCCCCGAGGUGGCCCUGCAGAUCUUCGGCGGGGCCGUGCGGGCUGCCCGCGCGGCGGCGGGCACCUGGCCGCCCGCGCGGGGUGGCGCCCUUGCCGUCGAGGGCGCCGAGGUGGUGUUCUGCGCCCACUGCUACUGCUUCGCCCGCGGGGAGGAGGACGUCCGCGCGGAGCUCGCGGAGGUGCUGGGCGCGGUGCCGGAGGGCCUGCGCCUGCGGGAGGUGCGGGCCGUGGCGCCGGGGAAGCGGAUGUACUGUGCGGAGUUCUCGUUCACCGCGGGGAGCCUGUGUGGGUGUGCGCCGCCCGAGGGGCUU